AUGUUCGACGAUAAAAUACAUACACAUAAUAAAUAUUUGUUUUUAAAUACAGCCUAUUCCAUUCCAACCGUUCAAAUUCUAUUGGGUGGCAGUGAUUCAUCAAUUUUGGGUGUUUACGAAGCAACUAGACGGAAAAUACCAGUUAUUGUCAUCACAGGCACUGGUGGAACAGCAGAUUUGGUUACUGACGAAUACCGCUAUUUAUAUGGUGAAGAUCAAAAUCAAUCAGAAGAGAAUUACAGUCAUGCUAGUGAACAAAAUCAAUUUACAGAUUAG